CACAUCUGUCAACAUACCUGGCUGCAAGCAAAUUGCUGCCCAUGACCACUGUGUGCAGGAGCCAGAGAGACCGGGAAAGGAAACAGAGGGGAACAUCUCAAUUUCGUGCUUGGGGGAAAAGUAGAAGCCUGUGUCGAUGCUUCUUCCGAACAUCCCAAAAUCUUCAGCAAGGAUUGGAACAGUCUCCCGCCACCCCUGCUGAACCAGGAAGGAAGCUGAGGGAAGAAUCCAGAUUGAGAAGCAGCAGUCAAGGCUGGCAUCGAUCCCAGUUUCUCCUUUGAGAUUCAGCAGAAGAUCCUGAUGGAGGAGGAUAAUGCCCAGAGAGAGGAGCCCAAGGAGGACAGAGCUGGUGACGGGCAACAUGUCGUGAGAUCUCCCUUUGUGUGCACUUCAUCCUCAGAGGUUUUCAAUUCCAACAAGAUUAUGGCAGAGCAGAGCCACAUGCAAAAGCAGCUGGAUUUACAGAAUGGUAGCUUAGAGGCGGGCUUUGUGGCGAAUUCCCUCGAAAACGAUUCCCAAAACAUGAUGGAGAGCCUGAGCCCGAAGAAAUAUUCUUCCAGUCUGAGAUUUAAAACCAAUGGAGACUAUUCUGGUUCCUAUUUAACCCUCUCACAACCUGUGCCUGCUAAAAGAAGCCCUUCUCCUUUGGGAACCAGUGUCAGAAGUAGCCCCUCCUUGGCCAAAAUCCAGGGAACCAAGCAGUUCUCUUGCGAUGGAAAUGACAAAAAUAUUUCCGUGAAACCUCCCACCCCUUUACGCAGCACUUCACCCUCCCUUAGUGGAUAUCCACUUGGGAGAGCAGACUUUGAUCAUUUUACAGGCCGGGACACUGAAAGGUCCUUGAGGCUUUCAGAGAAGCCUCCCUAUUCCAAAUAUAGCUCAAGGAAUAAAUCCCAUGACAAUGUCUACUUUCUCGGAGGGCUGGAAGGCCGAAAAGCAUCUGGCUCACUCCUGACCAUGUGGAAUGGAAGUUCCCUGAGUGAUACUGGCUCCUUGCCCAUCGGUAGGUCAGGGGCAGCCAGUAUGCCUUCAAGCCCAAAGCAAGCCAGGAAAAUAAGCAUCCAGGACAACCUGACACUUCAGCCCAAGUUGACCAGACACAAGGAUCUGGCAUCUGAAAACAUCAGUUUAAGAACUAGGAAGUACUCGAGCAGCAGCCUGAGUCACAUGGGCGCCUAUAGCCGAUCUCUCCCCAGGUUGCACAGAGCCACAGAGAAUCAGCUGGCACCUCUCAGUUUGCCUCCAAGAAGCUCUCUGGGCAAUUCCAAACGAACGAAACUGGGGGAAAAGGAUCUACCUCAUAGCAUCACAGACAAUGACAAUUACCUGAAUUUUUCUUCUUUGAGCUCAGGAGCUUUACCCUAUAAAACCUCUGCCUCUGAGGGCAAUCCUUACGUGAGUUCCACCCUCAGCGUCCCUGCCAGUCCUCGAGUGGCUCGGAAGAUGCUUCUGGCCUCCACCUCCUCCUGUACCUCUGAUGACCUUGAUAGGGCUUCCUACUUGGGGACCAGCCCAGGUCAUUCAUUCCCUCCCGGAGAGCUGGACAGAGCGUUUGCGGCCAGAAGGAACUUCUCGUGUGGGUCUGUUGAGUUUGAUGAUGCAGAUCCGGACAGCCUCAGACAGGCCUCAGGAACCCCCCAGCCUGUCCUUUGGGAACGGAAAAGCAGCAUUAGCUCCAUUUCAGGACGAGACGACCUGAUGGAUUAUCACCGGCGGCAGAGGGAGGAGAGACUCAGGGAGCAGGAGAUGGAGCGAUUGGAGAGACAGCGUCUGGAGACCAUCCUCAGUCUCUGUGCUGAGUACACAAAGCCUGACAGUCACGUGUCCACUGGCACCACCGUGGCAGAUGUACAGAAAAUCAAUAAGGAACUGGAGAAGCUGCAGCUCUCUGACGAGGAGUCCGUGUUUGAAGAAGCCCUGGUGAGCCCUGACACCAGAUACAGGUGCCACCAGAAAAGCUCUCUCCACGAUGCAGACCUGGCAGGCUUCGGGAGCCUCAGUCAGAGUAGCGCCAGCUUCCUUUCCCUCAGGAGCUCCAGGAAUGAUGAACUGAUCAGGGAUCUCACCAGGACUCCCCCACCGCCCUCCUCUGCCUUUCUGAAAGCUUCCAGCGAGUCCGCUUAUCUAAGUAUCCUACCAAAGACCCCAGAGGGUAUAAGUGAAGAACAAAGGAUUCAGGAGUUGACUGCGAUGGAAGAGUCCCGGAUAGCAAUUCUGAACAACCUCGAGGAACUUGAACAAAAAAUCAAAGAUAUAAAUGACCAGAUGGAGGAAUCUUCCAGAGAGUUGGAUAUGGAAUGUGCUCUCUUGGAUGGAGAACAAAAAUCAGAAACAACUGAACUUAUGAAAGAGAAGGAGAUUUUGGAUCAUCUAAACCGGAAAAUAGCAGAACUGGAAAAGAACAUUGUUGGUGAAAAGACCAAGGAGAAGGUAAAGCUUGAUGCUGAAAGGGAAAAACUAGAGAGGCUUCAGGAGCUUUACUCCGAGCAGAAGACCCAGCUGGACAAUUGUCCUGAGUCCAUGAGGGAACAGUUGCAACAACAACUGAAGAGGGAUGCUGAUCUGUUGGAUGUGGAGAGCAAACACUUUGAAGACCUGGAAUUCCAGCAGCUUGAGCGUGAGAGCCGUCUAGAUGAGGAAAAGGAGAACCUGACCCAGCAGCUCCUGCGUGAAGUGGCUGAAUAUCAACGCAACAUUGUUACUAGAAAGGAAAAAAUUUCUGCAUUGAAAAAGCAAGCUAAUCACAUUGUCCAGCAGGCUCAGAGAGAACAAGAUCAUUUUGUGAAAGAAAAGAAUAACUUAAUAAUGAUGUUGCAGAGAGAAAAGGAAAAUCUUUGUAAUUUGGAAAAGAAAUACUCCAGCCUCUCUGGGGGCAAAGGGUUUCCUGUCAACCCCAAUACUCUAAAAGAGGGCUAUAUCAUUGUAAAUGAAAUUAAUGAGCCAUGUGGCAAUUCCACGAAUCUCUCCCCUUCCACUCAGUUCCCUGCUGAUGCUGAUGCUGUUGCCACUGGGCCUACCACAGCUGUGCUGGUGAGCCAGCCACAAAAUAAAGAGCAUUUUAGAAGUCUGGAAGAAAGGAAAAAACAGCACCAAGAAGGCCUCUAUCUGAGUGACACUUUGCCUCGAAAGAAAACCACACCUUCCAUAUCCCCUCAUUUCAGCAGUGCUACUAUGGGGAGAAGCACCGCCCCAAAGGGCCACCUGCCCCUGGGACAGAGCAACAGCUGUGGCAGCGUGCUCCCCCACUCGCUGGCAACCAUGACCAAAGACUCAGAAUCUCGGAGGAUGCUCAGAGGAUAUAAUCACCAACAGAUGAGUGAAGGACAAAGGCAGAAGUCUUCUGAAUUUUACAGCCGCACAGCAUCUGAAUCAAAUGUCUACUUGAACAGUUUCCACUACCCAGAUCACAGCUACAAGGACCAGGCCUUUGAUACUCUGAGCCUAGACAGCUCUGACAGCAUGGAGACAAGCAUCUCUGCCUGCUCACCUGACAAUAUCUCUAGUGCCAGCACUUCCAAUAUUGCCCGAAUAGAAGAAAUGGAGAGACUUUUGAAGCAGGCUCAUGCAGAGAAGACAAGGCUUCUUGAAUCCAGGGAACGGGAAAUGGAAGCCAAGAAACGAGCUCUGGAAGAAGAAAAACGACGCCGAGAACUCCUGGAAAAACGAUUGCAGGAAGAAACCAGCCAGAGGCAGAAGUUAAUUGAAAAGGAAGUAAAAAUAAGGGAGAAACAAAGGGCACAGGCUCGACCUCUGACCCGUUAUCUGCCUAUCCGGAAGGAAGACUUUGAUUUGCGCAGCCACGUGGAGACUGCUGGCCACAAUAUUGAUACCUGUUAUCAUGUGUCAAUCACAGAGAAGACCUGCAGAGGAUUCCUCAUCAAAAUGGGUGGAAAAAUUAAAACUUGGAAAAAACGUUGGUUUGUUUUUGAUCGGAACAAGCGCACCUUCUCUUAUUAUGCAGACAAGCAUGAAGCUAAAUUAAAAGGAGUAAUAUACUUUCAAGCCAUUGAAGAAGUAUAUUAUGAUCACCUCAAGAAUGCUAAUAAGAGUCCUAAUCCAUUACUCACCUUUAGCGUCAAGACGCAUGACAGAAUCUACUAUAUGGUGGCCCCAUCGCCAGAAGCCAUGCGGAUCUGGAUGGAUGUUAUAGUUACUGGGGCGGAAGGUUACACUCACUUCUUGUUGUAGUGAACUAACGCAAUAGUCCACUUCAGGGCAGACUGCAAUAAUUUCUUACAAGAAUAAAGCCAUAUUCAACACCAGGUGGAAAGACCCAACAGAUCCAUCCCUUUAACUAUGGAUACUCAGAACUGUUUUCAUAUAAACAGGAAGUCAUUUGUAAAAGGGAAAGGGAUUUUAAUUCAAAGAUUGAGCGUAAAUAACUCAAAGCUUGAUCAUAAAUAGCAAAGAAUUGAAGCGCCUAGGAGAAAGAAAAUACUAUUUUGGUAAAUAGCAUCACUUACAGGAACAUUUCUUAUAAAUUCUUUUUUAUCAAUUGUUGAUUUUGGUGAAAUAAACUAAACCGUUUACAAAUGUCUAUAUGUACUUGGAAAAUAUGAAAUUAUUUUAGCACCCAAAUCAUUGGCAUUGACUUUACUGGUAAUCAACUGGCUUUUUUGAAAAAGGAGUAUUUUGCUGAAUGUUAUUUUAUAAAUAUAAGCAAAUAAGGGCUUGUAAGGGAAUAUAUUGUACGAGGAGUUUGGCCCUACUUUUAAAGUACUACACCAAAACCAAAGACUUGAUAUCACCUCUGUUUAACAGUAGUAGUUUCAAGUGAUGAACUGCAGUUAGUGUUAGUCUACAUUUUAAAAUGGUACUUUGAUGCCAACAAGUGCCCAGAAAGUUGACUUUGAAGAAUCACCACCAGCAUAAGCUACUGUACAUAUAUAGCAAACUACUCUUUGUAAAAGAAGAACAAAAAGCUGUGUGUUUUUGGAAGAAGCAGUCUUAGACAUUCUGUCACAUUGGGCAAUUUAAAAUAAAGAGAAUACUUAGGAGCUAUUUUGAUGAAGAUUUCUCCAUUCCCAGUACUGAGAAUAAAGGCAACCAGUAGCCGAUUUUCUUUAUAUUAUCUGAUUUCUCUUUGCUGCAGCCUCACAUAACUAUGAAAUACAGCUGUUUUCACCAAAGAACAGACCAAUUAAAAUCCUUAUUUACAGAAGUAUUGUGAUUCCAUUAAAAGGCAAAUGAAGUUCAACUUAAUGUACUCUGUAAUGUACUAUUUUAUUAUGUAUUUUCUUUACAAUUAGCCUUUGUUUUUUAGAGUUAAAUUAAUUUUUGUUGAAUGAAAUGACUUCAGGAAAGUCCUUUUAUAAUGAUUUUCAAAUUCCAUUUAUCCUGGUUUGUCAUGUUGUGUGCAUUUGUAAGUAUGAAUGUACUCUUUCUACGCAUUGGCAAAAGAAUAGAAGCAGAAAAUAAUGACAUUACUUACUAGUACAAGCGAAAUGAUUAGAUUAGAAGUGUCUGUGAAAUCUUUGUCAGGCCUGCCUGGGUACAAUUUUUUUUUUUUUUUUUUGCAGUGGUUUGUAUACAUGUUGCCAAUAAUAAGAUUUUGCAACUGGAUGACACAUGAUUUUACUUGAACAGUGAAGGACAAAAUCACAAUUGCAGAAGACAUUUUUAUAAUGUUUUUUCAGAGAUCACCCCUAAACCCUGUAAUGAGAGUGAAAUACAAUUGCUAAACUUUUGUUGGUUAAUGUAAAGAUAUAACUUUUCUGAACUGUACUUUACCUUCUUCAUAGGAUUGUAAAGAUAUUCUAAUCAACUUUAUGCCUUGCAUGAUAUAGUAAACCUUUCCAAUAUGUGUGUUAAAAUAUGUUGAGUUUGGAUUAAAAUAUUGACCAGA